CUGACUUUUGGGCAACGCGGAAACUAAGUGGGAGUGUGGGAAAUAUAAGGCGCGGUAGAGUUUGGGUGAAAUUACGAUCAUCAGCCCCUACUUUCCUACACGCCACCCAAACGGGACCCUCCUGAGUCAAAUCCUCAUCAUCUCCCACACACCCACGCUCACAAACCCUAGAUCCCCUUUUGUUUUCACCUUUUCCAUCCGCCGCCGCCGCCGAUUUCACCCGCCGCCCCCUUCAAUCCCCGAUCCGGCUUCCGAUUUCUUAAUCCACACCCCUCUCUGUCUUUCUGCCGUCACGCGCUUCCGAUCUGGUCGCGGUAAAUAUGACAAACAAACGGCCUUUUGAUGAUGAGGUGGUCUAUGAGGGUAAUCCUAAACAUCAUAGACAAGAUAAACAUGGUGCAGAUAUCACUUCAUGUAAUGAAAGUUAUUCUAAAGGAGGUUUAUGCGAGAAGAACUACGGUCUAGGCAAGGACUUGGCAGGUGAGGCUAACAUGGGUAAAAGUGAUGUGACAAGAUCUGUUUCGUUGUCACAUUGGACUACCAGUAGUUGCACUAGUGAUGAAGAUGAGCUGCCAGAAGAUACGUUUCAAUCUCCGUUCUUCCCUGGAUAUUUCACUUUUGGCUGUUCUGCCAGACCAGCAAUAAACCCAGAUGAUUCAUAUAAUUGCUUGUUAGAUUAUCCUCCUCGGAAGCAAGUUCCUGUUGGGCCUGAUCACCAAGCUGUUAUUCCAUGUUGGAACCCUCAGGAAACUUAUGAGGGAGAAUUGGGUGGGAUCCCUGUCUUGCCAAAUCCCGAGACUGAUGAAAAAGUCAUGAAUGGUUGGACCAAAUGUACAUGCCCAGAUGAGGGUUCUAUCAGAUGUGUGAGGCAACAUGUUGCAGAAGCUAGAGACAAACUGAGGAGAACUUUUGGUCCGGCCACCUUCACGGAGUUGGGUUUUGACGAGAUGGGUGAAGUUGUGGCUGACAAAUGGAGUAAAGAGGAAGAGGAGUUGUUUGACGAGAUUGUAUACUCUAACCCAGCUUCAAUGGGCAAGAAUUUCUGGAAUACUCUGUCUACUGCUUUCCCUUCAAAAACAAAGAUGGAGAUUGUCAGCUACUACUUCAACGUUAACAUGCUUAGGAAGCGAGCUGAGCAAAACAGAUGGGACCCAUUGAACAUUGAUAGUGAUAAUGAUGAAUGGCAGGGGGAGAGUGACAACGACGAGUCCACUAUCCAGGAUGGUCUUGACUUCCCUCAAAAGCAGCAUUGUCAUGAAAGUGAGGAUGAUGACGAAGAUCUCUCUGAUGAGGGGCCUGGCCGGAAUUCUUCUGAUUUUGAUCCUUCCUUUGAGUCACCUGGUAUGAAGAAGUCUGUUGACGGUGGAGAAACUGGUCUCCAAGAUGGAGGAGGAUCAUGCACAUCUUCAGAUUCAGGGGUGCAAGGUGGCCCCUUGAAGCCAGAUAAUGGCUCCCUAGAGUGGAAUGGAUAUAACUUAGAAUCAUCUGAUGGUAAAACAAUGUGGGACGUGUAUAAUGUGAGUUGCCCCAAGUUUAAUUUCGAUUUCUUACCGACGUGCAGUAUGAUUGAGGAGAUCUUUGGAGAGGGAGAUUUUGACUCCAAAGGCAAGAGAUGGUGAAUGGUCUUGGCUCUGCCUCUGGAAAAGAUUUACCAAAUGCCUGGUUCUCUUGUCCUUUCUUGUCCUCAUUUUAGAGCAUUAGAAUGUCCAGUUUUCCUUUUGUAAAUUGCCAUUAAAGUGGGAAGAUGGGAGUCAGCAUAAAAAUGUAAAAUAGUACAGAAUAACUUUAUUCUGUUUGAGAAAAGUAGCCCUUACAUUUUUGGGUUCUCUUUAUUAAACUUGGAUAUCAUCUCAAUUCUCAAGGGAAAGUUGCACAAUUUGUUACUAUCGUGUUCAUUACAUAGCUGUAGGCCUGUAGCUUAACCCCUAACAAUACAGACGCCUGAACCUCUAUAAUUUUUUCAUUAUAUAGUUCAUUAACAUCAUUGUAUUGGUUCUCAAAUAUUAAUACAAUAGUAUCUCCUGGUUUUCCAUGUGUUGAUAUUCCAUUUAGUUGCUUACUAUUCCAUUAAUGGGUUGGUCUAUAUUCCAAAAAUGGAAGAGUCAGAAUUGGUUAAACAUGUGCUAGUUUGGUUUGUUUGCGGGAGCUGGGUCCAGUUUUGAAUGGUUAAAUCGGAAAUUUGAGUUUCCUAAAACGGGUUGUGAAUUGACUGGUUCUGGCACAAUUCAAACUAACUGGAAUUGACCACCUUUAUAUCGGACUAGGGGUGGACUCAGGCCGGUUCGGGUCCGGGCCUGGCCGGGCCUCGGUUCAGGAAAGGGGAGGCCCAGAACCGGCCCGGGUAACCCCUGGUUCCGGGUCGAGCCUCGGCUCUUUUUUUUUUUUUUUUGCUUUUUCCUAAUUAACCCCUACCCCCCCUAUCCCAAACCAUCUCAAAUGACCCAAAAUACCCAGUCCAACCCAAAAUUUUAACAAAAAUUCAAAAAAAAAAGAAAAAUAAAAUAAAAUGGCCCAGACCGGGCCCGAACCGGUUCACGUUUUGAGGGGCCCGGACCGGAACCCCAGCGGGUCGGGCCUACCCGAACCGGUCAUUGACCGGGCCACCGGGCCGGGCCGGAACAGUGCCGGUUCGGGCCGGUUCCGGGUCGGGCCACCCGGCCCGAGUCCAGGCCUAUAUCGGACCAUCGGUUGCUCGUUUUUAUUACAGACAGGAAUUUUAAAAAAUUUAAAUUAGGUUGUUGGCAAAUGUAUCAGAUGGUUGUGGUCUGGGAUUAGAUUAGGACUGUCCAUCCCUAACUUUUACGUGGUAUAUUACAAAAAUCUCAAUGAUUUGGGAAUACUAAAGUACUUGCUCCCCACUACUAGGUGGGAUCAGUAUAAAUGUGGCUUUGAAAGUGUUUGAGUCUUUGAGUUUCUGUUGAUCACACAACUUUCAUAAAAGAAACCUCCAUAACCUCAUCUGUUCAUCAUGAGAAGGGAGGAAGCACAGGCUAAAAUGUGAGAGCAUCAAGGGCUCUCUUGGAAUUAGGCUAAGUGUCAAAUAAAAGUUGGUUGUAGGUUUGCAUGCUGACCUUUUGUACAAUUGCGGUUGACUUGUGGAAGCAAUGAGUUGAGGUUGGGUUGUACAUCUUUAUUAGGCCAGUCAUUCUUGGUGCACACAUUUGGCCGUGUAAACCACCGUGUACACGCUUAUUUCGUCUGUGUACAGAAGGCCUUUUCCUUAUUAGGCCCGAGAAAACAAUAGGCAGCCACAAACACCAUCUCCCUCUGGAUUAAUCAUAACCU